UUGUAGGUUAUACAGUCACGUUGAUUAUUGUUUAACAAUACAUAAAUUAUUAAGAAAAAUAGAAACGUCUUCAUAUUACUUGCAAAUUUUUAGUCAUAAAGAAUCAGUUCAGAUAAAUGAUCGUAAUAUACUGUACAAAAUAAAACUAAACAAAAACACAGUGUAAAGGUAGAACCCUUAGCGUCAAGGGACCCAAAGUUACACCCAACAAAUUACGGAAUACUCGCACAUAAAAUACUUUUAACUCUUUCUUUUUGAAAAAAAACUAAGGUCAGUAUGUAUAAAAGUGGUGCGGACAACCGGUCCUUUUUCUUGAUUCUUAUUUAGUGUCGGCGAGAUGUUACUCAAUUGGGUACGAAUUUUGAUAUGUGUUUGUGUAUUCAGUUUCACACAAUUUUGCGAUGGCCAGUUUCUGAACUUCCGAAGUUUUGACAUACCCACCAGCACUCCCUUGCCCUUUCCAGCGUGUCGAGCAGACAACAUAGAAUGUCUUCGUCGAGGACUAAGAACAUUUUUCUUCUUAAUGGACUCCGAAUAUCUUGGGAUGAAAACUGUGGACCCUAUUAUCUUAAACAGCCUUACAGUAGCGCUACCUGAAGAGCAACUAUCAUUUUUAAUGAGACGUAUCAAUGUUACCGGAGCCAGAUGGACUAAACUCCUUGAAAGGAAAUUUAAUCUUGCUGGCGGAAAGAACGGUGUAAGAUUUCUAAGCGAUCUUCACGUUACUGGAGAACUGACGAUGACUACAACAGCAAGACUGGAGCCGUUCUUGGCUCUCAUUACAAUGGACAUUCAGGGUGUGGAAAGUAAUGUAACCUAUUCUUGGGCUGGAGAGAGAGGAGUAGACAAUGAAGAUUACAUUUUAAUUGGACCUGAGAGGAUCGCUGUCAGAAACUCAAGAACACCCACGUUCUAUUUACAAAAUGGUCACAAAGAAAGUGUCAGCAUGAUGGAAAGAGUACUACAAGUUAAAACAUCUGUUUUAGACCAUAUAGCCAAUGAAAUAACUAUAUCUUUAAUGCAUUCUAUAAUGGAUAACUUUAGAGUAUUUGCUAAUAAAGUGCCAGCUAAACAUUAUUAUACAUAUGCCAGUGUCGAAGAUAAUUAAAUAAUAAUCUGUGAA